AUGGCCUCAUCAGGCCUAUCGGGCAUGCGAAAAUGUGUCCGGAAUCUCACUCCAUACCUCGUCUUCAUGAUGUCCAUCAUAACCCUUGGGCCCCUGCUCUUUGGCUUCCAUCUCGCCGAGCUUAAUGCCCCAGAAGACUACAUAACCUGCAAGAAAGGGAGGACUACAGGGAUGCCCAAAGGCGCGACCCUCAUACCAUGCAUCCCAAUGGACAAGGCACAGUUCGCCUUCGUUUCCUCGAUCUUUACAAUUGGCGGCCUCUUCGGAGCACUCUUAGCAGGCCCAGUUUCGACCAGUUUUGGCCGCCUCCCAGCAAUGCGCAUCUCUGCGAUCUUCUAUGUCCUCGGUUCUGCCAUCACAAUGUGGAGCGCAAGCAUCAGUGCAUUCGCAACAGGACGCUUUCUACUUGGCAUCGGCGCCGGAGCGAGCGUCGUCGUCGUCCCAAUUUAUAUCUCGGAAGUCGCUCCUCCCACAGACCGCGGGAUCUUUGGGUUCCUCACACAGAUCGCGACGAACAUGGGCAUCCUCAUUACUCAGAUCCUCGGUUACUACCUUAGCUAUUCUAUACUAUGGCGUUUCAUCCUUGCUGCGGGAGGUCUCAUAGGCCUUGUGCUCUUGUUCGGCCUCUUCCUCGUCCCAGAAUCUCCCGCCUGGACCGCCGCGAACCGCUCCCCAGGACGCGCCCUCGCAACACUGAAACGUCUACGCGGGCCACAUGCCGACGUUUCCGAAGAGAUUCAAACCUGGGACUGCACCUUCUCACCGUCCGAUCCGCAGCUGAGCGAAUCCACGACAGUCCUCCUCGAGCCUGAAUCGCAGUCUCGACGCUCAUCCAUCAGCACCUCUUCCAAGCCUCCGCCCCGCGCCCACGUCGGCAUCAUAGCCGUGGCUCUCUCCCCCAUCUACCGCCCUGCCAUCAUCGCCGUCGUAGGCGUAAUGUGCGUGCAACAAUUCACCGGUAUAAACUCCGUAAUGAUGUACUCCGUCUCCGUCCUCACCGACCUCUUCCCCACCUCCGCCACCCUCCUCACAAUCCUCAUCUCAAUCGUCAACCUUAUCGCCACCACCGCGUCCGCACCCCUCCCCGACAUCCUCGGCCGCAAAUCCCCCCUCCUCAUCUCCAUCACCGGACUGGGUUUCAGCUCAGCCGCCCUGGGCGCCUCAAUCCUGUUCUCCCUCCCCGCCCUAUCCGCUGCCUCCAUCCUCCUUUUCGUCGCCUUCUUUGCCACGGGCCUAGGGCCCAUCCCAUUCAUGAUGGCCUCUGAGCUAGUCAGCACGGAGGCCAAGGGCGCCGCGCAGUCAUGGGCGCUAGCGACGAAUUGGAUCGGCACGUACCUUGUAGCGCAGUUCUUUCCUAUCUUGAAUGAUGGCGUGAAUGAGGCGCUGGGUGGCGCCGGAUGGUUGUACUUUGGGUUUGCGGCUGUGGCGGCCGUGGGAGUGUUGUUUGUGAGCCGGUUUGUGCCGGAGACGAAGGGCAAGAGAGAUGCGGAUGAGGUGUGGGGGCGGGUUAGGAGGGUUGAUUGA